AUGCGUCAGUUCCACAAGAGCACCGUAACACCUAGCAUGUCCAAAGAACACCAUUUCAACGCCCGGAGCGCACUUCCGCAGACCUCCAUGCAAUUUCCACCCUCUCCACCACAUACGCAAACCCCCUUCCCAUCGAUGUAUGACACCGAAAGCUUCACCACUGAGCUCGGCAGCUCACCUGAUAAAUACGCUCCGCUCAUCGGCGAGCCCCGUUUGGGCUUCCUUGAUGCUGCGAAGUGGGAAGACUUCACGUCGCGCCUUCGGGACGCGGGCAUGGCAUCGGACGCACCUGGCAGGGCGGCCGUUGACGUGGCAGUGGUGCUCGACUAUUAA